GAGGCUGCGAGGAAGAGGAAGAUGCCCCGGGACACUGAGGCAGAGCAGGAGCUGAGCAUGGAGAGCAGGGAGGACAAAUGCCCGCGGCAGAACCUGGUGGCAGAGGCCGUUUUGAGCGGCUCCACGGCGCAGGAAGCCAAUGGGGAGGAAAAGCCCCGGAGAUGCCGCACGAGGAGGGGCUGCAAAUGCAGCUGGCGGGGAUCUGAGGGGGAAAGAGCCAGCCUGGGCCGGGAAGGCGGCUGGAGAUGGAGCCAGAGCUCGGAGCUGGUGCUCCAUGAGCAGCUCCAUGAUGGGGAGAAGCCCCACACCUGCUUGGAGUGUGGGAAGAGCUUCAGGAGGAACUGCAACCUGAUCAGGCACCAGAGGACCCACACUGGGGAACGGCCCUAUGAGUGUGAUCAAUGUAGGAAGAGGUUUCAGACCAGCUCCAAUCUCCUCGAUCACCAGCGCACGCACACAAAGGAGAGGCCCUUCCUCUGCCCCGACUGUGGGCAGGGCUUCAGGUACAGCUCCUGUCUUGUUGUGCACCGACAAACCCACACUGGGGAGAGGCCCCACGAGUGUGAGGAAUGUGGGAAGGGCUUCAGCCAUAGCUCCCAACUGAUCCGCCACCAAAAGAUCCACAUGGGGGAGAGGCCCUACGAGUGUUCCAAGUGUGGGAAGGGUUUCGGAUCAAGUGCUCCCAUCUUCAAUGGGCACUGGAAAUCGCCGAUGGACGCUGGUACAUCUCAUCCAGCAGAUGAACAAAGUCGUGCACAUCUUCUUUCAAAGGUCAUCUGA